CGCCCAAAGCAAGAGCCCCUGCUGGCAGAGCUGACUGCAGCCUGCGCGUGCGUCUAUCUCUAUUCCUGUAGAGCUGUGCAGAGAGAGAACAGUCUGCGUGCAUCUUUAUGGAUUUAACCAGACAGCAGCUCUCAGGCUUCCCUGCCAAUCUGCCAAUGCAUAUUCCAUCCGCUCUACUUCACGGCACACUGUUGCUGAGUGAUCGAUAGGUAAGAAGGCAGCAACUGAACCCUAUGAUUCGCUCGCGACGGCGACGCGCUGCCGCCCGGUCUCUCGUGCUGCUCCGACUCGUGCAAGCAUGCACGAGCUGCGGUAGGCUGGAGAUGAUCUCCGUUUGGCUGCUCGUUUUAAAGCUGCUGAGAGCCACAGCUGGUGUGAAAAGACCAAAUGGGAAUGAAAUAAAUGAAGGUAGGAGAGACUCUUUAAGCCAGCAACAAAAAGAGCAAGAAAACCUCCCUGAGGCCGUCUCCAUGGAGACCAGCCAGCUUUCAGAAAUGGCUGAUGUAAAAGACUAUAAAAUGGAUCUUGGGGAAGAAGAAGAGGCCAAAUACCACCACAGCGUGGAUGAUAAAGAGUGUUUUGAUGAACAUUUCUCCGACUGCCUGGACACUGAAAAGGGCAACUCCCCACUCGCAACUCGGCACAAAAGCAAUGACACAGCCAAUGAAUGUGAGGGCACAGAGGAAAGUAACGGAAGCGCAAACCAACAAGAGGGCAUGAUGAUAAAAGACACAGAGGAAGAGGAGUCAAAUCUUAAAGAAUCUGUGCUAUCUCCGGAGCCUGACACGGAUGCCCAAGCACAAGGCCAGCUGGUGGAGGAAGAAAACAACAUUACAUCCUCUUUUGAUGCAAAAGAGCCAGAGCACCAAGAACCACAGGAAGCUCCGAAAAUAGAACCAGAAUCUGUAUUGGAACAGCAAAUCAAGGAGCUGGCUGUUUCUGAUGCCUCUACCGAAUCCUGCCAUGAUAAUGAUAGAGAUGACCUGAGUGAUUGCUUGCAUGUGGAGAUGGCUAUUGUCUCGUCGGACAGCGAUGCUGAGGAGCAGUGGAAGACCAUGUUUUCUCCUGUUGUUGAUGAAGAUGAAUUUAAUGGCAUUUUGGAAUCAGAUACACUUGAUGUCAAUGAAGAGACACUUGAUGUCAACGAAGAGACAAACGACCAAAACCAUGCAAUGGAGGAUGAAAUUAAUAGCCAGUCCGAGAUUAAAGCUGAACCUGAUGAAGAUGAAGAUCCAACAGUGUUGACAGAAAGUGUUGACACUCUUGAGCAGCCGGAAUGUUCCACUGAAUGUGAGCUGGAAGACAUUUCCUAUAAGGACUCCAUACAUUACAGCAGUUUAUCCAAGAUCUCAGAGAAUGAUGUGGAUCCAAGUCAAAAUGUGAAACACAACCUGCAGCGCUUGUCUGCCUCGACCUCCGAGCUUGAUAAGAAGUUGCCUCAAGACUAUUGCGUGAUUCAGGAGAUGCAGAGCGAGAAUGUCAGCACAGAGCAUGUGGAUUUCAGGAUGGCUCGUAAGCAGUGGCAGAAAAUGGAGGAACAAUGCAAGGCCAAGGUCCAGCAAUCUACCAUAAAGCAAGGUGGACAGAGCAUCAUGUAUACACCCAUGCGCAACUUGGAGCGGACCAAGAGAGAUCCAGAUUCAGACAAUUUAAAUCUUGGUGACUACCAGUAUACCCAGUUUAGCCCGUGUUCAGAUGACUCAGGCCUGGAUGAUACAAGCUACCGGUCUCAUUAUGAUGAACCAGAAACUCCAGUCGAAAGGGAAAUCCGUGAGACUAUGGAGCGAGAGGAAUGUUUCAAACGAGAGAGGGCCAUGUCAAGGCCAUCAUCUAGUGAACCUGUGCAGAAUAAACCCAGACCAGUGACUCUGAUGAUGGCUAAGUCAAAUCCAGAGGAGAAUAAGAAGACAUAUAACACACGUGAGGACAGGUGCAGGUCACAAAGACCUUCCAGCACUAUACCACCAACCUUCUCUAUAACUGCUUCGCCAUCAUCAAAACCAACCUAUCAUGAAAUGGUGGCCAACAACGUCAUCAUCCUUGAGCCAGAUUCGCAUCCCACAAACCAGAGGCAAAGAGGGAAAAAUCUGCUUUCUCCAGUGACAAACAGGUUCCAUGAGUGGCCCUCAGACUCAAGCAACGUCAUCAUCCUGGAAACAUCUAAUCUCAUCAUCCGGAGUGCUUCCGAAUUCUGCCUGAGCAGUGCAUGCCAGGAUACCCAAGAGAGCACGUUCCACAACAAUCCCUUCUUCAAACUGCGAUCACACAGCACACUAUCUCUGGUGGACCAAGAGAUCAAAGAGGUGAAGCAGAGAGAUGAAGAAUUCAGGAGGCAGAGGGCGCAGUUGUACGCCAAAGAGAAGUAUGACACGAUUCUGGUGUCUCCCAACUCACUGCAGAAUUUCACCUAUGACAAGCCAGGAGGGUUGCCAGCGAAAUGUAAGUCCUCCCCUUCCUCCCCUUUAAAGGCACGCAAAAUGGACCGUUCCACUUUAUCCUGUGAUCAGAAGUUCCCCGAGGCACCUUAUACCAGAGUCCGAAGGAAAAGUGCCCUCAUUCAGAGAUGGGAAGCAGCGAUGUUGGCCAAUCAACAACAACAUAUGUGAACAACACUACACUGCCAAUCAAGAGUUUUUUAAACACCCUAUAUUUUAAUCUUUCUUCUAAUAUAAGUUUAAACAUGAGUUCAAGUUAAUAUUUAAAAAUUAGAUAUAGCUAUAUGUGAUCGCUCUAAUUAGGCACUUGUGGAACAUUAUAUUUUUAUUCCACAAUUGACAAUAGCUCCAUUUUAGUCAUUUAUCAUUUAGUCAUUUAUAUUUAACUCAGUUCACCUCCAAAGUAUAAUAAAAUAAUAAAGCUUUUUGGUGAAGCACUCAUUCAAUAUUUUCUUUAUAUAAAUGGAUUAUACAUUGGCUAUUUAAAAUUGAAUAGAACUGAUGUGCUAUGGAGGGAUGAUCAUUAAAGGGAUGAAGUUGCAGUGUAAUGGAUGUACUGUUUUAAAAAUAUCGAAGAUAUUUUCCUACUCUAUUUUCUCCUCAGUAGAUGUGUAAAUAUGGCAUGAAACACCAUUUAUAAUAUAAUUUACAAGACACUGCAUUCUGAAAUGAACAUAUAAAGAAGAAGAAAGACACACUAAUGACAAACAGAUUUUUAUGGUUCCAAUUUUAGCUCUUCCUUGAAUAAGACAUUUUAAUUUUUUAAUGAAUAAUAAUAAUAAUAUAAUCCUUAGGUUUUUGAUUUGCAUAUAGCCUAGUUAUUUGCACAAUGGUUUCACAUUUUUAAACCUAAAUUGAUAUUUAAUUUCAACAGAACAUAGAAGUAUAAGCCCAUGAACUUAGCAGACGAAACAAACCACAGACUAUCUGACAAACUCUCAGUGCAAGUUCUGUAGUGAUUUUAAGCCUUUUUUUGAGCUUCAUCUCAGUGUUCAAUAGAUUCAUUAGAUAUUAUUAAUAAUUGCACUUUUUGCACUGUUUUGCUUCGUGAAUAUUUUGCACACUGAUGCUCUCAGCAGUUAUUCUUGCUUGAUACAUAUUACAUCAUUUAUUCUUGUGAACAAAUUGUUACAGAGUCAGUAUAUAGUAUAUGCAUAUUGUAUAUGUUCAUUAUUGGUUGUUUGGCUUGUUGCAUUAUUGCAUUGCUUUAUUCUUUUCCCUUACAGUAUGUUUUCAACUUUCCUAUUGAUUUAUCCUUGAAAUAAAGAAAUAUGAAUUGCUAAAACUGA